AUGGUGGAUAGGCCAAACAAGCCCACGGCCCUCGCCGCAACCCCUGGCCUUCCCCCGCAGGCCCAGGUCACCAUCUCCGACGACAACGCCCGUGUUGCCGCCCUGCUGCCCACGGGUGAGAGCGUCGAGGUUCUACUCUUUGGCGCCACUGUCCUGAGUUGGAAGGAUGCCGCCGGCGACGAGAAGCUGUGGCUGAGCGAGGCUUCCAAGCUAGAUGGCUCCAAGGGUGUGAGGGGAGGCAUCCCCAUAGUCUUUCCGUUGUUUGGUCCUCCCAACGCCGACCACCCAGCCACCUCCAAGUUGCCCCAGCACGGCUUCGCCCGCACCGCGAGGUGGGAGUACCUGGGCAAGUCCACCAGCGAGGGGUCCAGCUCGAGCGUCAAGCUCGACUUUGGCCUCUCGUCCGAGAAUCUUGAUGAUGCUACCCGCGCCGCUUGGCCCUACAAAUUUGGCCUGCUGUACAGCGUCACCCUGGACCGCGAGAGCCUCAACACGACGCUCGUCAUCUCCAACCAAGGCGACGAGUCGUUUGACCUCCAGACCCUCUUGCACACGUACUUUAGAGUCAAGGACAUAACGUCGGUACGAAUCAGCGGUUUCGAGGAUUCUUCGUACGUCGACAAGGUUGACGGCGCCAAAGCCAAGACAGAGGCGUCCGCACCUGUCACCUUCUCCGGCGAGGCCGACCGCGUCUACACCCCCGCCAAGGGACCCGGGCACCCCGUCAUUGUCUCCGAUGACGGACAGCCGCGCUUCCGCAUCGUACGAGAUAACCUCGACCAAGUGGUUAUAUGGAACCCUUGGGCGGACAAGGCCGAGGGCAUGUCCGACUUCGUGCCCAAGAGCGGCUACAAGAACAUGGUGUGCGUCGAGGCCGGCAGCGUCAAGGGAUGGCAGAAGCUGGACAAGAGCGACACGUUUGAGGCUGCGCAGACGAUUUUUCUGUCCUGA